AUGGUAGUUAGGUACCGCCAGACUCUCUUUGCACUAUCGAAGCAGGGCGGUCUUUUGAAGACAGAGCUCCCGAAAAUAGCUACCACCGACUCCAUGCAAGGCAAGGAGUCGAAAGUCAGUAUAUAUGAUUGGAUCGUCACUUCGGCAAAUCUGUUUGCUGACAUGGGUUUAACCAUUGACAGCAACCGCGGCAAUGUCGGAAUGAGCCGCAUGACAGAGGUGAUGAAUGUCGUUACCUGCAAUUGCCCAACAGAAGAGGAGGUCUUUCAAGGAAUCGAACCUGCAGGAAGAAUAAAGAAUUGCGUUAAAAAAGCUGAAGUCACUGAGGAAGUGGCAUGGUUACACACCUAUGCACUACCAAUAGCUGUGCUAUACACAAGAUAG